CAUCCUUAGACUCCAUUAAGUCACAAAAUUAUUCUUUAAAAAAUAAUAAUGAAUCAGACUAUAGCUCAACGUAGAUUAGGGUUGUGGGUCUUAUGAAAUAAUAUUUGAAUAGAAAAAUGGCCAAUUUGCAAUUCUCUUCUUCAACUUGGAUUAAUGGUUGGGACCAGUCGUUCCAUUUACCUCAAAAAUGAUAAAUGAGAUAUCGUUAUAUUGAGUUGUUUCCUUACAAGAGGCAAAUUAAGUAAGUGUUCAUUGCCUUUAUAAGAGCAUUCAUAGCCCAUAAACAAUUGUCAAGAACAAAAAAAAAAAGAAUACACUUAAAAAGCUAACUAAAACCCUAUGGCAUCGCAAACACUUUCCAGCAUUCCCAUUGUAGAUUUGAGCAAGCAAAUGAUCCCAGGAACACCUUCAUGGCUUGAAACAUGUGCUAAAGUCCGCCAUGCUCUUGAAGAAUAUGGCUGCUUUGUGGCAUUAUCUGAUCAAGUCACCUCGAAACUCAACAAGGAAACCUUUGAUGCAGUCAAAGAAUUGUUUGAUCUUCCAUUAGAAACCAAGUUGAAGAACACUAGCGAUAUUCUCUUCAAUGGCUACGUUGGACAACUACCUCAUGCUCCUCUUCACGAAAGCACCGGAAUCCCUAAUGCAACAACUAUUGAAGGAGUUGAAAGUUUUACCCAUCUCAUGUGGCCCUCCGGAAAUGCCAAAUUCAGCAAUGCUAUAAUAUCCUACUCUAAGAUGGUUGCAAAUCUAGAGAAUUUGGUGGACAAGAUGGUGUUUGAGAGCUAUGGGGCAGGGAAGCAUUUUGAGAAGCAUAUGGAGACAACAACUUACCUUCUUCGACCCAUAAGAUAUACGCCUUUCCAAGAAGGAUUGGAGAAUGGGGAGAUUGGUUCUAAUGUUCAUACUGACAAGGGCUUCCUUGCUAUACUUAAUCAGACUCAAGUCAACGCAUUGAAAGUUGAAACCAGAGAUGGAAAAUGGAUUGAUGUUGAUUUUCCACCAGAAUCAUUUGUCGUUAUGGCUGGGGAUGCUUAUGAGGCAUGGAGCAAUGGUAGAAUUCUCUCUACGAAACAUCAAGUGAUCAUGAAUGGGGAUAAGCCGAGGUACUGUUUGGCUAUGUUUACAUUGAAUGAGGGGACAAUUGAAAUACCAGAAGAGCUGGUGGAUGAAGAUCACCCUUUGCAAUAUAAGCCAUUUGAGAACAUGGGAUUAGUUCAUUUCUACUUGGGUGGUACAUCUGACAUGACUGGAAGCACUGCUAAAACCUAUUGUGGUAUCACUACUCAAAAUAAGUAAUCAAGCAAAAUCGUCAUGCAGUGAUUUCAGAAUUUUCUUAUGAAUCCAUCGUAAAUUAAUUAUUUGUUAUUUAGUGUUGAUCAGUCUGGUAUGAUAUAUGUAAUAUUAUUAAGAUAAGACUGGUGUUAAUAUAUUUUCAUGUAAACGAUUAUAAAUAAAAAUGUGUUUGCAGUAUUCCCUUGUCUCGUGGAUCCAAAAUUGGAUUUUAUUACAGUUGAAGCAAGAAUUGCAGGUUCGAAGGUUGGAGGAAUUAGAAUCAGAAGAUCCAGCUUGACGUUUUGUUCUUGAUGUUUUGGUCAGGGACCAGUUUUAUGUUUUCUGUAACUUUAGAGACUUAUUUGUAAUAAGUGAGGUGGUUAUUCUAUAUAGGUAUAAAUAUGGUUAACCGUCUGUAUAAUUCAAGAAAUGCAAUACAUUCAUUUUUCUCCCUUUUCCUCUUUCCCAAUUCUGAUCAUAUUUCAUGGCUUC